GCCUGCGCCCGCCCGGCCGCUGCCUGCUCUCCCAGCGCGGCCGCGGUCCAGGCUGCAGCACGCCGCCUGGGUGUCUGGGCGAUCCAUGGGCUGCAGCGAGGGCCGCGAUGACAGAUUACGGCGAGGAGCAGCGCAACGAGCUGGAGGCUCUGGAGUCCAUCUACCCUGACUCCUUCACAGUAUUAUCAGAAAAUCCACCCAGCUUCACCAUUACUGUGACAUCUGAGGCUGGAGAAAAUGAUGAAACUGUCCAGAUAACCCUCAAGUUUACAUACAGUGAAAAAUACCCAGAUGAAGCUCCCCUUUAUGAAAUAUUCGCCCAGUUAAAUCUAGAAGAUAAUGAUGUAGCAGACAUUUUAAAAUUAUUAGCAUUACAGGCAGAAGAAAACCUUGGAAUGGUGAUGAUCUUCACCUUAGUGUCAGCUGUGCAAGAGAAAUUAAAUGAAAUAGUAGAUCAAAUAAAAACUAGAAGAGAAGAAAAGAAACAAAAAGAAAGAGAAGCGGAAGAAGCCGAGAAGCAAUUAUUCCAUGGUACUCCUGUUACAAUUGAGAAUUUCUUAAAUUGGAAGGCCAAGUUUGAUGCAGAACUCUUGGAAAUUAAAAAGAAACGGAUGAAGGAAGAAGAGCAAGCGGGAAAAAAUAAAUUAAGUGGGAGACAACUAUUUGAAACAGAUCAUAAUCUUGACACAUCUGAUAUCCAGUUCUUGGAAGAUGCUGGAAACAACGUGGAGGUAGAUGAGUCUUUGUUCCAGGAAAUGGAUGACUUGGAGCUGGAGGACGAUGAAGAUGAUCCAGACUACAAUCCUGCUGACUGGGAGAGUGACUUGACCGACUGAUGGACUAUUCCCGUCUGCAGAGAGGCCUGACUGCCACAGCAUCUGUGGCUAUGCUGAGAGGGUGUUGAUUUUCCUUUCUUUUUUCUAAGAAAAAAAUAAUUUUCAGGAGAAUAUUCUUCUGAUGGGUUUCAUCAUUGAACUUAAUAAAUUG